AUGUGUGAUAUCAAGGAGUUUAGUGUCGACAUCGCACGCGAAGAGGUUGAGCGCUUGCGGAGUAAACUCGAAGACUUUAGACUCUCGAGUUGUCCUGAGUCCCGUGAUGCUGACCGGAAUUAUGGGGAUGAGUACUCAACGGCGGCAAACCUCCAAAGUCGUUGGAUCAAUGACUUUGACUGGUACGAGGCUCAAAACGAAAUGAAUGAGGUGCCGCAUUACUUGGCAACGAUUGAAGAUCUUACAAUCCACUUCGUCCACGUUCGAUCGCAGAAUCCAGAGGCGAUUCCCCUGCUUGCUAUCCAUGGCUGGCCUGGGACGUUCUGGGAAUACAGUAGAGUGUGGCGUCCGUUAUCUGAUCGCAACAACCUCAACGAUCCAUCCUUUCACGUCGUGGUACCAAGCAUGCCAGGUUUCUGUUGGUCAUCUUCCCCAAAGCAGGGUCACUGGAAGCUUCAAGACAACGCACGCGUUUUUGACACGCUCAUGAAGAGCCUUGGAUACAAGGAGUACAUGGUUCAGUGCGGCGAUUUGGUCCAUGCUGUGGGCCGUGAGCUUGGUGCAAAGUAUACCGACUCCUGCAAGCUUCUUCACUGCAACUAUGCUCUCAUUCCUCUGCCAGAUGAUAUCCAACUCACUGAAGGCGAGAAGAAAGCUUUCCGCAAACGUGAGGACUGGGCACAGCGCCAUGGGGGAUUUGACGUCACCGGGAGAACCAAACCUCAUACAAUUGGCCUGGGGUUACAAGAUAAUCCUAUGGGAAUACUCAUGUGGGUUCUUGAAAAAUACCAGGUCGUCUGUCACUCAGAGCCCUGGGACAAUUCCUUGUGGACCAAGGCCAUUCUGACCACCGCGUCUCUGUACUUUUUCACCGGAUGUAUCAUGUCCUCGAUCAUGCCAUGCUACGAUCCUCCGACUUACGAAAAGUUCUCGGAUCAUCCGACAGACGAAGACAACCGAAUCAAAGUGCCAUUUGGGUUCACCUCCUUUUCCUGGGAUGCGGAUGAAGCCUCCAAAAGAGCAGUGAAGCAAUCAGUCGAGCAGAAUGGGAACCUGGUCUUUUACAGAGAACGCAAUGACGCAGGUCAUCUUGCUGCUCUACAGCAACCAGACGGAUUGGUGGGGGACAUACGAGACUUCGCUAAAGAGGUAUGGGGGAAGCAGCCGAAAGAUGAAAGUCCCAGUACCUCCGGAGGGUUGAAACUCUCGUUCAAUCCAAUUGACUCACGAGUUCGGCAUGAGUAUCGUACUUGA